ACAAUCUGCUCGAAAUGUUUUCCAUAUUUGUUCAGCCUCCUUGAUUCAAAUACCAGGAACAACUCAGCCAGCACAAAGCGAAGCUUUGGGGGGCAAAAAAACUCACACCCCCAUCAGCGCGCGCACACACACACACACGUGAAAACCUAAAGUUCAUCGGCAUGGGAAAGAAGGAGAAGAAACCCCAGCACAGCACGUCCCUGAAUAACCAGAGCCAGACAGGGAAGGCACCCGAAGGGGAGAAAAGCACCGACUCAAGCAAGACGCAGGAGUCCGCGAUGAAGAAGAAGAAGCAGAAGAAAACCAAGGGGGAUCCCAAAACUGGCCAGGAGGAGGAAUCCCACACUUGUUGUGGCUGCCGUUUCCCGCUGCUGUUUGCUUUGUUGCAGCUGGCAUUAGGCAUCUCUGUAACAGUGCUGGGCUUCCUUAUGGCAGGCAUCAGUUCUUCUCUGCUAGUCAGAGACACUCCAUAUUGGGCUGGGAUAAUUGUCUGCGUGGUGUCCUUAGUGGGAUUUGUUAUGCUUUGUAUUUCGUACCAACCUGACGAGAAGACGUGUGUGCAGUUCACAGUAAAGCUGAUGUAUUUCCUCCUGAGUGCCCUGGGUCUAGUUGCCUGUGUUUUGGCAGUGGCUUUUGCUGCGCACCAUUAUCUGCAAAUGACAAAAUUUACCUGCGAUACCAUCCUCGAGUCCUGCCAGUGCAAACUGGACACUGCAGACCCCCUCGGUAGGACCUUCGUCUACCAGGACGCAGCCGACUGUGGCAGCCUCACCAGCAUGCUAAACCUGUACUUACUUCUGCAGAUGGUUCUCAAUCUAAUCGCAGCCCUGGUGUGUCUGUCAGCAUGCUUCGUGAUGUGGAAACACAGAUACCAGGUCUUUUAUGUGGGCGUUCGGUUCUACCCUUUAACUGCUACUGAAGGCCAGCAAGAGAAAGUAUAGGGUCUGAGCUGGUGGGGGGUUGUAGCCAGAGAACGGAAAAUGUCAGCAUACUGCCACCAUAGACACAUGGAUGGAUGAGUGUUUAUAAGGUUUUUGACAAGGAAAAACAUUCACACAGUUUUAAUGAAUACAUUUUUCAAUCAUUUUAAGAGCAUUUCAUAUGGCUGCUCUUGCAAAAGGUCCCUUGUGAUACUAUCUAGAGGUCACAAAGUCCUAAAGACACAGCUGUACAAAUACUCACCAAAGAGGAUUUUUAAUAGCCAUAGACAAAAUGAGAGCUUAAAAAAAUCAUUGGGAACUCAUCUGCAGGGCUACAGCCAUUAAGAAAUAGGGUCCGUUUCCCUGACAGGUAGAUAUCUGUUCUUGCCUUCAGAGAAGCUAUACUGAUUUACACCAGCUAAGGAUCUGGUCCAAACUGCUUAAUUAUAAUUAUGCUGAUCAUGCUUAGGGAAUAUAUUGUGUCUUGGACGUUCUGGGUAUAAUCCACGCUAACCUGAUGGGGAUUUACCAUACAGAAAAGUAAUAAGGGAGGUCAAGACCUCUUCAAAUGCAGGCGGAGACCAACAGCAAAGUGAAUACAUUGGCGAUUGUCAUAUAAAAUAUACAUAAGAAUAUUGAGAGUGACUAACGAUGUAGGUUACCUAAUCCAAUUACUAACAAACGUCAGUAUGAGUGUACUGACUAAUGGUGAUUCGGUGGGCCCUGCUUGAGACCCCAGAGAGAUUUCUGAAGUAUGAGCGCUCAGCACUCUGUGAGAAAAGAUCAGUUUAAGAAACCUCGAGUUGUACUGCUAAAGUGGGGGACCCUAAAUCACUAGUCACAUUGAAAGCUAUGUUGACAUUGCUGUAAUUGCAGGCUCCCAAACCCGGCGUCUAGCCAGUUCCACCAAUUAUACUCCAAGCACAAAAGGCCAAAUGCAUUUUUGGUGUAACUCCUCUGAAGACAAUCAACCUUAUACACCAGCAGUGGAGUUGGGCCAACAGCCCUGAAAGAUAUAUUGCUGCAACAAUGAAUGUUUUUAAAAUGAGGUGGAGGGAGGGAAGCAAGAAGAGACUGCCAGUCUCCCAAAGACAUCGUUUAUAAUGAUGAGGGCAAGAGAAUAAUAAUUUCUUAAUAAGCAGCAUAGAACAACAAACCACAUUCAAAGAGUGCUUCUUCACCAUGAAAGUGUGGCUCUAGAAGUGCUCUAUGUCUUGUUAGCCUUAUACUGAGCCUUAUACCAAGACAAGUAUGUCAGUUUGUCCCUUGAACUGUCAUUUCCACUUGCGCAGCAUGGACUUCCAAAUGUAGGAGCAAUUCUGAACCAGAAUCAUUUUGUACUGCCUGCCGAUAGCUGUGCAAGGGCAAGGCAGCUGGUGCUCACGCCCUGCCUUGACUAGGGAUUUCCUGAUCCCUGCCAGAGCAAGGGUGUUUCUGAGGUGGGGUGGAGCAAUCACAUGCCAGAAAAACUGUGCCACAAUCAUUAGCAAGGAGGAAGCAAAUAAAAUUUCUAUAAGGCUUCAAAGAAGCAAAAACUUCCUUUUUCUGCAGAAAAAAUACCCACCAGGGAGUCAAACCCCCAGUCUGGCAAAAGCUAGUUGUUUAAGUAGCUCUAAUCCUACCCAAAAACUGUCUUUCGUAUGGUGAUAACACAUCAACCCAGGGCUAGACCAGCAUAGCUCCAGAAUGUCAGAAAUUCACAACAUAGAAAGUCUCCCAUGGUCCACCUAGAGCACUGCUCAGCGUAUGUGCUCAAGUUCUUGUCAACGUGCUUCUAGAGUAGAUGUAGCAUCACCAAGGUGCUCUCUGCCAAGCUGCAAAGUGAGGAGCUUCAGAGAAUGAAGAUUUUUGAGACCAGCUUCCAAAUGGCCUUUUUUAUGUACCUAAAAAUAACACUCACUAGUAACCAUGGCCAUGGGGCACAUUUGCAAGGGUGCCCAUUCUCUUGCCCACGUGAUGCCACCCAUCCAAAGUCCUAAGCCUGGCUCCCAGGCAUGCUCGGAGCAAGCUGAGACAGCAGUGGGGCGUGCAGGCGGGUUGGCGAUGUGAGACCCAGCUGCCGGCAUCGAUGAGGCCAUCCGUGCAGUGGCGGGAACCAGCCUGUCUCCCCCAGCUCUGGCAGAGUAUGCUGUGAGGAGCACUCGUGGACCUGUGCCAGGGCCAGCCUCCCGUAUGAGAUGGAUACAUAGGGGUGCCUCUCACCUGCUGCUUGUACUCAGAUGUUGGUUUGUCCCCCAUCCCUCACAAGACUGCAGCUGUGCUCUCUGUGGGGCAGAGGAUAUACCUGCCUACCACCUACAUGACCCUUACUGCACCCUCUCCUCCCUCUGGCCAAAGGUAUGGGCUCUCCUCUCUGCAAAGAAGAUAACGAGAAGUGGGAAAGGAAUUGAGGGGAGGCUGAACGGCAGCUGAGCUUUGGGGCUUCCUCCUGCCCUCGCCACCAGGUGCUGUGCCCCGAUGGCUGGCGAAGCAAGAGGAAGGCUCUGCUGGCAGACCAGGUCAUGCUUCCCACCCUGCCCUUCCUGAAAUGUCCUUGUUGUUCAGAAGAUAACUUGGUCUGCAACACUCUAGCUUAGGCUGUGCUGCGUGCAGGCUGGCAGCAGCAAGCUGUUGUGGGAGACGGCUGGCCAGACCCAGCCGAGUGGCAUUUCCACCAGAGCUGGGCUUUUGUCUCCUUAAUCCUUUGACCUCCAUCUCACCCACAUGUUUUCACUCCCUGUCUCACAUCACCUCCCAGGCUCUGGGCUCCCAGAGGCUAGGCUCGCGUUGCCUGGCCUCUGCCUACUCACCCCUGGGCUUAAAUUUGCUGGGACUCCUCUAGAGCACAAAGGACGCAGCAGCGAUGAUCACAGAGUCGCUGCAAGUGCCUUCAGUGCUGUGACAGGGAAGAGAACAGAGAUCUGGAGAAGAGUGCCUGCUCCUCUUAGCAAGCUGUGCACCUCCGUAACAGCGCAUCCUCCGCUUGGAGCCACCACCGCUGAGUUUGGUUCACUAAUCAGCACGUUGCAGCUUAACCCUUUGCUCUGGAAGAAAGCAAUAUUCAUCACAUAUUCUGUUGGUGUUUUAAUGCUUAAUGAAUAAAUAUUGGACAUUUUGAUCUAGCAAAGACUUACUUCUAUAUUUCCUCUUUAUAUAUCUUAAGAGCAUAAAAUCAAAACAGGAGAGACGGGGAAACGGACACAGUAGUGUUUGGAACCAGUUUCCCCCUGGGUAUGGUUUUGCAACAUGUCUUUUGCUCAGACCAAGGAUUUUGGAAAGUACUAAUUAAAGGAUUUUCACCUACCACAGCAUAUUCAGACAACUCCCAGCCUUUUCCUGGUGUCAGAGUCCACACGGACUGCACCAGGAGAAAGGCUGGGACUAAAAGACUCAGAAAGGACAGAGGUGUUGAAGAAAAAACACAUUUUUUUUUUCUGAAGUCUUGGAAAUUUAUUCUUUGGGUGAAUUCUGCAGAAAGGGGUAGGAUUAAACCUCCGCGGACACACAGAAUUUGCGAAGGGCUCAAUGUAAUUUACUCUCACAAACCCAGGUGAGAUUAUCAUUUGCACCCUGGCCUCUUUACACUAUUUUCCCAGUGUAAAGGGGUUGUAAAGACAGCAUCAAUCAUUUUACACCUACUUUAUGGCCAUUUUACACAGCUAAAAGGGCCCUUUGUGUAAAUGAGAACUCAAGCCCUAGAGAAUUUAAUAGAGAGGAGAUCCUUUCUAUAGACUGUGCUAGACCCUUUAAUAGGGUCUAUUCCUGGGAUAUAACUAUCCUCUGGAUUUUAUAGCUUGGCUUAAAGAUCAUCAGUCUCAAUUUAAUUCAGUUCUGCAGAACUUUUCCGAAGGCCGCAACCCCCGGUGACAUGCCUGCUCCCCCGCCCCGAGCGCACGCAGACAGUGGUGGUGUGGCGUGGAUAACUGCGUGUUUUUUAAAAGGAGAAGCAGCAGCUACCACUUUCCUCUGGCUCUGAGGCAUUUUGAUGUUGUGCUAUGCAAAUACUGGAGCGACAAUAACGGCAACAAAAAGGGAACUGAGACGAGGUGCCUUACAGUGAGCCAAAAUGUCACAUUCUCAACCCCACCAGGCACCGAGGUGGCACCCACUCCUGAUGGGGGCGGCGGGGCUGCUUUUUGCACCCCUGUCCCUCCCCUGCUGCCACUGGAAGGACAGGGGCUGGUGGGCGAAGGGAAACCACUGCAGGGUCCCAGCCCCAUGCCGGGGCUGCCACCAGCCCACUUUUUCCAUCACCACCUUCACGUGAUGGCCAUCUGCACCUCGCUGGCCUGGCCAGCUCUGCGUGGGCACUGCUUGGAGUUUUGCCUUGGAGCUUUCUGGGUUUUUUCAUGCUACCAACCAGUGCAAUAUUUGCUUUGGGGGCCUUUCAAAACAGAAAGCACGCUGCUAGCGUGUGAGAGAAGCCGCAGUUCAGGUCCUCUAAAUUUAGAAAGCCAGGAUGUCAUACCUCCCCUUGAAAUUUUCAUAGUCCCCUGCACCCCACCCACCCACACACGUACACAUGCUUGCGUCUGGAAAAUGUUUUUCGGUCUUAGCAAAGGGUGUUGGCUUAGGGGGAUUCAAGGGAGGUGCAGAGGAACAACAGCAGUUCAGUCCCGAGUGCGAAGCUCGAAGCCUCCUUAAGGCACUGGCCGGCACAGCAGGCAGUGGGGACCCACCGCUCCCAGCUGGGCUCAGGCAGCUGAACUCAAGGAUGUCUCCCGUUGUCAGCCUGUAACAUAAAUCCCAAGGCAGGGCCAAAUUUUUCUGAGAUGUAUCGAAGCCCUUUGCCGUGUCAUGUCAGACAGUGCUGUACCCUCAGGUGCCACCUUCUUCCUGAGUUCAUUCUUAGGUGGCCGUGCACAGACUGUAGCACCUGUAGCAAGGACUCCAGGAAGAUGCAUUUUGGUGCUAGCUUGCUCAGGUCUCUGCAGUCCCCCCUCCAGGGAUUUUUGCUUUCUUCUCUGCUGCUUCUUCCUGUAAUCACUAAUCAGUAGCAUUUAUCCUUUGCUAAAUUGGCUCUGUAGUCAAAUAUUAUAAAUGAUGAUUGCAUCUACAAAGACUGGGGUACAUUUUUCUUUUGGCAUCUGAUUUCCAUGCCUUUGUCCAAGCAAACAGUUGAAAGGCUCAUCUAAACUUCAAACUUGUUUGCGGGGGCUGGGGAUUUCUUUUUUCUUUCUUUUUUUUUUUUUUUUUAGACAAUAUGGGCAAUUCAUAUUUAAUUUGUUACCAUAAUGCUUUCCUACUCCACAAAGCCACGUUCACAUUAGAGCAUAGCCAUUAAGGCCCACUUACAGUAAGUGACUGCAGAGACACCAUGGAGCUGAGACCCACCAAAGCUCACAAAUGACUCCCUGCUUCAUCCAGGUGCACCCAGGUAUUCCUGCCUGGCAUAGGUGUCUGCGAGCCACCUUCUGAACGCAAGCGGGAGCCCAGCCUGAACUGGGAGAAUAAUUUGCAGAGGGUGAUUUGAAUACACGCCUCUCCUUCAGUCAGAUGUAUUAUGAAUGACAAGCACUGGGCUGACCUCAAGUUAAGGGAGUUACAGAGAGAGACACCGAUUAAGGCAGCCCUUGGCGGUGUUAAGAGCUCUGAUUGUCCUGGAAAUGGGAUAUUUGAGCAAGGCAGGUUUUUAGCCCCAUUUCAUUCUCUGUGGCCAUGUAAAGAGAACUCUGUUUUUAGAUGGCCCAAAACUGAUUGAAGAGGGAUUUAUUCUUACUUCACUGUGGGAUUUCUUUCACCAAAAGUAUGACGAGUCUUAGCCUGAUCUGUCCUCCAUCAGGCUGGCUGGGAGCGUCACUGCUGGAGCCAGAGCCACAUGCAUGCAGAGGGGUGUGGAAGCCACCCUCAUAGGUUUUUUGGGACAUUUUUUUCCAGCCCCACAGCUGUAAGUGCUGGCAUAGGGAGGGCAGGGGCAGCCAGUGUCCCGGAUCCAAAAUGUGCCUGAGUCAACCAAGCCCUGCAGCUAUCCCCAUUUAUACCGACUCUACUAGUCACCAGGGAUGUGGUGGGAUAGUUUAGGGAAUGAUGGCGAUGAAAACAAUAGAAAACAGACAUUUACACUUUCCCUUCUACCUUGCGAAUCCAAGGAGGCGAGUGGCACGUACACGAGGGGAACCAAGGGGAGCUGACGGAAAAGUGAAAACCUCCUGUCCUGUUUCACUACCCAAUCCUGCCAGCGUGCUGAGAAACAGUGAAACAGCACAGAAAAUAAAUCACCAUGAAUCGGGCACUCUAAAUGCUUUGAGUUUUCAUGAUCCAAGGUGUUGUUAGGUCAGGAACAUGAAAAAGAGUAUAUUUGUAUGAGCUUUCCCCUGCUGGUCUGAGUCUCGCAAACACCAGAGCGCUGCAUCUGUCGGGGACCCAGCCAGCCAGGCUUUUUGCUGAUAGACUUUGCUGUCGCCACAAGAAUUGAAUUUUGUAACCUAACUGAGCUGGGGGGGUGGGGAAGGGCAGUUUACAGGCUGUACUCAUAUAUCCGUAUAUAUAUUCUUUUACGGCUACUGUUUUCAGAUUCAGCAUUUUUUCUUGGGUACAAAAGGAAAUGCUGGGAUCUCGGCUUGCAAAAGUCUGUGCUUCUGAAUUAACAGGAGUUACAUCUCCACUUCAUUUCUAAUAAAACUUUUCU